CACUUCUGAAACUUCUGACUGUGGAAAUAUAACUGGAAGCCUUAAAAUUAAAGUACUGGUACGUUCAGAUGCCACAAAGAUGCCUCAAAACUACCAACGACAAGUGGGCGCUCGAAAAUACACAGACUAUUCAGCAGAAACUUUGCAGAUGUGUUUGAAUGAUAUCCAAAAUGGUUUGCGGUCUCAAAGAAAUGCAGCAGAACAUUACGGGAUCCCAAGAAGCACAAUAAAAAAUAAACUCAAAGGAAAUUUGAGAGAAAAAGUUGGACGUCCGACAAUAUUUACGGAAGAAGAGGAAAAAUGUUUUGAGAACCACAUACACAAGCUUGCAGAAUAUGGAUUUCCAACAAAUGAAUUGGACAUCCGUUUCACAAUCAAAUCAUACUUGGAUAAACAAGGUCGUCAGGUGAAACAAUUCAGCAACAACUUGCCAGGUAAGGAUUGGGUCAUAUCGUUUCGUAAACGACAUCCUAAGUUGACUGUGCGCAAGUGCAGUAAUAUUAAGAGGGCUCGAGCUGCAGUUGAUGAGAGCAUAAUCAACAAUUACUUCAACAAUUUGGAGGUUACACUGCAAAAUGUUCCUCCUGAAAAUAUAUGGAACUAUGAUGAGACGAACCUAUGCAAUGACCCUGGUUCAGCAAAAGUUGUGUGUAAGCGAGGUUCUAAAUAUGUAGAACGCAUAAUGGACUCUACUAAAUCAUGCAUAUCUAUUAUGUUUUGUGGAAAUGCUGUUGGGGAAAUGUUGCCUCCCUAUGUGGUAUUCAAGUCUGAACAUUUAUGGUCCACUUGGACUGAGGGAGGACCUAAAGAUUGCAGAUACAAUCGCUCUAAGAAUGGAUGGUUUGAUACUGCCUGCUUUGAGGACUGGUUUACAACCUGUUUAUUGCCUCGUCUUCAAAAGGAAAGUGGAACUAAGGUUAUUAUUGGAGACAACCUCAGCUCACAUAUUAGUGUGCAGAUAUUGAAAAUAUGUGAACAAAAUGACAUUAGAUUUGUGUGUCUCCCGGCUAAUUCUACACACAUCACACAACCCUUAGAUGUGGCAUACUAUGGGCCAAUGAAACAAGAGUGGCGCAAAAUUCUUACUAAUUGGAAAGAAGCUCAAAGAGGUAAAAAUCUGUCAAAUUUGCCAAAAGAUGAAUUUUCUAAGCUAUUAAAAGUUCUGGUAGAUCAUUUGUUUGUUGAAAAAAAGCAAAACAUGAUUUCUGGCUUUUUGAAAACAGGAAUACAACCACUUGACCGAAAAAAAGCUCUGGAUCGAUUACCACAGAGGAAUGUUAAUGUUGAUCUUGUUAGUGACUCAUUCAUAGAGAAACUUGUGCAGAGGAGAGAAAAAAUCACAAGCACCGGUUCCUCACAACCUCUUAAGAAAAAGCAAAAGAAGUUGGAUGUUCCUCCAGGGAAAAGCAUAGGAGUGGAAGACAUUGAAUUACAGUUGGGACCUUCUACAUCUAACCUAACACAACCUAAAAACAAGAGGGUGCGACCUAAAAAGGACUCAAAAGAGACUGUGCAACAGUCUGACUCUAGUGAUUGUGAUGAUCCAUACAGUAUUCACGAUGAUAGUUUUUCUGACGAUGAUUUGGUUUGGGAGGAAUUAGUUGGUGAAGAUGAACAAGAGGAAGAGGAAGAAGAUUUGAGAAAAAGUUAUGCUGCCAGUAAGCCCACCUUGGAUAAAGACAACCUCAAAGAGGGUAAUUUUGUAAUAGUCAAAUAUAAUGAGGGUUUCUAUCCAGGUAUGAUUUCAAAGAUGCCAAGUGAAGACAAGGAUGGACCAACCGUGCACUGCAUGCAGAAGAAGAAAAAAUCGUGGGGCUGGCCCGAAAAAAAGACAUUUUAA